GGCCUCGAUUGGUCGAGCCUGAGCCGUCAUGGCGGCGCCCGUGUGACCCGGUCCCUACCGUGACGGGAUCGGUGGCCCGUGGCGCGGGCUCCCGUGGGGAUCAGGAAGGCGCCAUGCUCAGGGCGGCGUGGAGGGCUCUGAGUUCGGUUCGAACCCAUGCCUCGGGCUUCGGGCUGCCAGGCAAGGCGAGCGCCAGGCUCCCCUCAGCCCAGUGGGGCCUGCAGCCUCCAAGCCAUCUCCUGCAGGCUACCCGCGGACACGCCGUCCAGAAGCCAAUCCAGCCCAACCAGGAUGGUGACCCACCUCUUUCCACGCUGCUCAAAGACUACCAGAACGUCCCUGGAAUUGACAAGGUUGAUGAUGUUGUGAGGAGAGUCUUGUCUUUGGAAAUGGCCAACAAGAAAGAGAAGCUAAAAGUCAAGCAAGAACAGUUGAUGGAGAAGAUUGAGGCAAACCUUGAGAACACCAGAUCCCUGGAGGCUCAAGUUGUCUCCUUGACGGUCAGGAUUCACAGUUUGGAAGAACACAUGCAGAAACACCGACAGGACAAAGCCCAAAAGCGCUAUCUUCAGAUGAGCACUAACAAGAGGAAAAAGUUGCUCACAAACCUCCGUAAGACCAACUAUGAUGUCUUUGAGAAGACAUGCAAGGAGCUGGGGAUUGAAUACACCCUUACCCCUCUGUACCUCCGUAAAGCCCAUCGCCGCCUCCUGACCAAAAAGGCUCUGUGCAUUCGGGUUUUCCAGGAGAAGCAAAAGCUGAAGAAGCAACAAAAGGCCUUAAAAGCUGCAGCAGCAGCAGCCGCAAAACAAAACCAGGGGAUCCCAGUGAGCCCUUCCAAAAUCUGACCAGAGACACUCAGCGAAAACCAAUAAAGUCUGUUCCAAUUA